UGAGUGAAUAUCAAUAUAUUAAUAUUGUGGUUAGAUUUGGAGUAAUUACAAAAAGUUGACAAAAACAUAACCUAAGAACUUUGAGUUGAUUUGGUUUUUGUUAUCGACUUCAAUUUUAUUUCAAGCGAUAAUAAUCACUCUUAUGUUUUGAAUUUUUAUAAAACACUUUAAGUAAAAAAAACUAAAUAAUACUAAAUAUGAGGGAAACACCAAUCUCUAAUUGCGAAAAAAAAUUUAUUUUGGAGAGCCUUCAACAGCAUCAACGCCUCGAUGGACGUAAAUUAUCCGAAAGCCGCUCUAUGAUAAUAAGUUUUGGUAUCGAUUGGGGUUGUGUUCAUGUUUCUUUAGGGAAUACUAGAGUAAUUGCACAAGUAUCUUGCGAAUUAGGUCAGUCCCAAACAAUUAGACCAAAUGAAGGUAUUUUACAUAUUAAUGUGGAGCUUAGUCCGAUGGCAGCAGCUCAUUUCGAAGCUGGUCGAAACUCUGAGCUUACAGUUCGCAUAAAUCGUAUAUUAGAAAGAACAUUUAAAGAUUCUAAAUGUGUUGACUUGGAGUCUCUGUGUGUGAUAGCCGAAGAUAGAGUAUGGAUAUUAAGAGUUGAUGUAAAUGUUUUGAAUCAUGACGGCAAUUUAAUAGAUUGUUGUGCUGCAGCUUGCUUAUGCGCUUUAGCACACUUUAAAAGACCUGACGUUACGGUUGAUGGAAACGAAGUGAAAAUUCAUACAGCGGCUGAAAAAGAUUUUAUAUCUAUAGUAUUGCAUCACUAUCCUGUUUGCGUAUCUUAUGCGACAUUUAACGAUGGCCAAAUUGCGGUGGUUGAUCCUUCGCUAAUUGAGGAACAGAUAUGUGAUGCUGAAAUGAUUUUUGGAAUAAACUCUUACAGAGAAUUAUGUUGUCUUAAUUUAUCUGGAAAAACACUUACAAGCUCUAGUCUUUUUCUUAAAUGUGCUAAUAAAGCAGCUGAACAUGCGAAAGCCACUGUAGAAUUAAUAAAGUAUGAAAUUGAUUGUGAUUUAGAAAGCAGGAAAAACAAUGAAGCAUUUGGGUUUGCUGAAUGCCUGAAAUAUAAAAAGUUAAACACGGUUGAAGAAGAAAAACUCUCGCUUAAACUUCGAAAUUUCUAUUAUCGUAUGCCUUAUUUUAGUAGAAAUAGAGAAGUCAAAAUGGAAGUAGAAGAUAAAACAGACAUUGUUGAUGGUGAAGAGACAGCUGUUAAAAUUGAAAUACUUGAUAGUAGUACUGGGAACAUUAGUUCGAAUCAGAAAAAUAUUAAUUGGUUCCCAGACACAGACAGCGAUGAAGAUGACAUUGAUAUGUCAAGAGAUUUAGGAGCUAUGAUAAGCGACGGGAGCGAUGAAGAUGAAAAGCCGCUUGAACAGCAAUUAGAGGCGGUGAAUGAAAAAUUAUGUGCGUCUAAAAUGAGUAAACCUAUUAGUAAAGGAACACCUGUUAUCAAAGAGGAAAUUGGCAGCGACAAUAGCGAAGAGGAUGAAACUAUGAUUUUAAAAUAAAAUCUGUAUUAAUAUAGAUGAAAUUUAAAAAUAAAAACAAAAUAUCACUUUAGUUUUUUUUACUUAAACAAUAAUAAUGUUAUACAUACAUAUAUUCUUACUUAACAACUUUUCUUCUUGAUAUUUUAAAAUUUACUUUACAAAUUGA